AUGAAGAGCAAAAGCCUGCCAAGAAUUCUGGAGUUGCCAGAAUCCAGUAACUCAACGGGGAAGCAUGAACCCCCUAGCAUAUUGACGAGCCCUGAGUUGGACAAGGUUGAGCCAGAGACCAGUUCUCCGUUACCACCUCUCAAAGAUCGCAAGCGCAACGAUACCCCUGCAAGAUCUCCCGACGUCCUGCGAAGUCCUAAUCUGGACCCUCAAGAUUCUCGCGUAACAGUGGCUGACUUUGCGGAGCCUCAUCGACUCAGCCAAGACCUCAAGAAGCCAGUUGGAAUGAAGCAAUAUCCCCAUACCGUUCACAACGAUCCUCUUUUCGGAAUUGCCGAAGAGGUUCACCUCCAUACCGUCCAUGACGACCCUACGAUGGAAGUGGCACGCCCGCUGGUUCCUCAUCAAAUCACCAUAGAUCCCAGGGCACCAGUGUCAAAAGCGACGGCCCCUCACAGCAUCCAUCGCGACCUCACUGCCAAGGUGGCUGAAAACCCAAAGCAACAUUCGGUUCAUGAUGACCAGACCAGCAAUAUUUCCAAUCCUGUUUACGAUCAUAGGCUCAGCCAAGACCAUGUGGCCCCGGUGAGCACAGGAACGAAUCCUCACAGUGUUCAUGAUGACCAGACAGUGGGCAUUCCUGGACAGCCAGCCUCGCAUUCCCUCAGCGUAGAUCCAACAAUGGCUCAGCCAGAGCAAGCCGCUCCUCACAGUAACCAUGAUGACUCUAAGGUCAAGGCUACCGAAGGCGAACCGAAGCAACAUACCAUGCAGACCAGCUCCGCGGCUAGGGCACCCCGGAAGAGGCCGAGUGGGCACCAGCUCGGAGAUAUUGGGCGUUCUGCAACAGCUCCGGCAGAACUUGACAACAAGUCUACAACGGGCAGCAUCGAUUCUUCCGCACAAGUAGCGGGAGGGGACAAGUAA